GCUGAGGAUUUGGUGCGGAUAGCAGGGAGUGCGCAGCUCAGCUCGGCUCAGCUCGGCUCGGCAUGUGCAGCGCGUCAGUCUCGCUCCAACUGCGUCCGCAACCCGCCGCUGUCCGGAGCACAGCAGAGAGACAGAGAGAGAGAGGGGGGAAUUCAUCUAUAUAUGAGAGAAAUAUAGGGAAACCUAAUUUGUUUUAUUAUAGUUAUCGCAGCUGCUGGGUUGUGUUAGAAAUAAAGAAGUGAGUGUGACCAUGCGGGGAUGAAGAAGAAGAAGUGCUGCUGCUGAGUUUAGUUAUUAGGUUUCUCCGGGGCGGUGCUGCUGCUGCUGCUGCUGCUGCUCCUCACCAUCACCCUGCUCCUCUGCUGCUCCUCUGCUGCUCCUGCUGCUGCUGUCAUGGCUUUCUGGGAGUGAUAUCAAAGUUUCUCCGGGAUGAUUUGACUCGCUUGAAAUAGUCCAGCUGAGGCUCAUUGCUCCGAAGAGGCGCAGCUUCAGUCAGAUCCGGACGAUCCGAGGAGCGGGGAGGGCUCGAUUUUGAUUUGGACUCCUGGAGAGAGAGAGUGGAGAUGAACUUUGGACAUUUGCGUCUUCUUGUGGCUGUCUCAUUCAUCACCAUCGGAUCAGGGUCCCGGGCACGGUUUGAAGACAGCGCACCUCGGAUUGUGGAGGACCCCUCGGAUUUGAUCGUCUCCAAGGGGGAGCCCGCCACCCUCAACUGCAAGGCGGAGGGCCGCCCCACCCCGAGCAUAGAGUGGUACAAGGAUGGCGAGCGCGUGGAGACGGACAAGGAUGACCCCCGCUCUCACCGCAUGCUCCUGCCCAGCGGCUCCCUCUUCUUCCUGCGCAUCGUGCACGGGCGCCGGAGCAAACCAGACGAGGGCGUCUACACCUGUGUGGCCCGCAACUACCUGGGAGAGGCCAUUAGUCGUAAUGCCUCACUGGACGUCGCCAUCCUGAGAGAUGAUUUCCGCCAGGCCCCGAGUGAUGUGGUGGUGGCCGCUGGUGAGCCCGCUGUGCUGGAGUGCGUGCCCCCGCGUGGUCACCCCGAGCCCACCGUGUCCUGGAAACGCAACAACGUCCGGGUCAGCACCAAGGAUGAACGCAUCGCUAUGCGUGGUGGCAAACUGAUGAUCUCGCACACCAGGAAGAACGAUGCUGGCAUGUAUGUUUGUGUGGGCACGAAUAUGGUUGGAGAGAGGGACAGCGACCCUGCAGAGCUGGUGGUGUACGAACGUCCCGUGUUGGUGCGGAGGCCGGUGAACCAGGUGGUGAUGGAGGAGGAGACGGUCGACUUCCUGUGCGAGGUCCACGGGGACCCGGCUCCCACCAUCCGAUGGCGCCGAGAAGAAGGGGAGCUUCCCCGCGGGAGGUUUGAAAUCCGCAACGGCAACAGCCUCCGUUUGUUCCGCGUUAAAGAGCAGGAUGAAGGGACGUAUACCUGCACAUCUGAGAACAGUGUGGGCAAGACAGAGGCCUCGGCGAUGCUGCAGGUCCAUGUACCACCUCAGAUUGCCACGAAGCCCCGAGACCAGAUUGCCACACAGGGGAGGAGCGUCACCUUCCAGUGCGGCACCACAGGAAAUCCUCCACCUGCCAUCUUCUGGCAGAAGGAGGGCAGCCAGAUGUUGCUGUUCCCGGGCCAGCCGCCGUCCCAGUCUGGCCGUUACUCCGUCUCCAUGAGCGGAGAGCUGACCAUCACCGACGUCCACCCCGAGGACUCCGGCUUCUACAUCUGCCAGGCCAUCAGCGUGGCGGGAAGCGUGUUGACCAAGGCGCUGCUGGAGGUGGAGGGAGGUCCUUCAGGUCGCGUCCCGCCGAUAAUUCGCCAAGGCCCGGCCAAUCAGACGGUAUCUCGGGGUGCGGCGACGCAGCUGCACUGCCGUGUAAUCGGAGGGCCCUCAGUCAGGAUUUCGUGGGAGAAGGACGGCGAGAGACUUCAGGGAAAUAAACCUCGAAUGACCUUGAUGGAGAAUGGCACUUUGCAAAUCGCAGAUAUAAAGGACACGGACUCGGGGAUGUACACGUGCGUGGUAACCAGCCCCACAGGGGAGUCGAGCUGGAGUGGGAUGUUGACUGUCAGAGAAGACGGACUCUCUCCAAUAUCCAGAGUUUCGGAGUUCAUUCAGCUUCCGGGGCCUCCUCAGAAGCCUGUAGUGACGGAGGUGACCAAGAACACCGUCACCCUCACCUGGCAGUCCAACCCUCACGAGGGCGGGGCCGCUGUCACCUCCUACAUCAUCGAGGCCUUCAGCCAAUCAGUGGGCAGCACCUGGCAAACGGUGGCGGACCAGGUCAGGCAGGAGAGGCACACAGUCGUCGGACUCUUCCCCAACACUGUUUAUCUGUUCAUCGUCCGAGCAGUCAACUCUUACGGCCUCAGUGACCCCAGCCCGAUCUCGGAGCCUGUCAGGACGCAGGACGGGAGUCCUACAGAGCAGGGUGUGGACCACAGACAGGUGCAGAGGGAGUUAGGAGAGGUGUCGGUCUACCUGCAGAAGCCUGUGGUUCUGUCUCCCAACAGUGCCAGGAUUUCUUGGACCGUCGCCCUUCAGUCUCGCUACGUUCAAGGUUAUCGUAUAUUUUACCGGACUAUCGGCAGCUCCUGGUUGGUCCAGGAUGUGGAGGCCACAUCCGACCACAGCACCAUCUUAAUGGAUCUGCACAGCAAUACAGAGUAUGAAGUGAAGAUACGGCCCUACUUCAAUGAGCUGCAGGGACACGACAGCCUCAUGGUUCUGCUGCGUACGCCUGAGGAGGUUCUGAGCGAGCCUCCACAGGCUGUGUCGGUGGUUCAGCUCAGCAACAGCUCCAGUAUCAGAGUGUCCUGGGAGCCGCCGCCUCACAAUAUGCAGAGCGGCAUCAUCCUGGAGUACAAGGUGUGGUGUCUGGAGCGGGAGAACCAGAUAAACCGAACGGUGGACGGAGCCGUUCUGUCCAUCCUGCUGACGGGCCUGCUGCCUGACGUCCGCUACACCGUGGUGGUGGCUGCCGUCACCAGCCUGGGUGUGGGCGCUCAAAGCCCGCCUGUCAGCCUGCUUCUCACUCUCCCAACUGACAAGACCUCCACGUCCGUGAAGAAGGGCGGCAACCUCAGCAUAUCGGAGCAGAUCACAAACGUCAUCCGGCAGCCGGCGUUCAUCGCGGGCCUGGGCGUGGCGGCGUGGCUGGUGCUGAUGGGCUUCAGCGGCUGGAUGUACUGUCGACACCGCAGGAGGAAGCAGCUGGGACACUACACCACGUCCUUCGCGUACACGCCAGCAGUUGGCUUCGCUCACGGUGAAGGAUCUGGAAUCAUCAAUGGAGGCUGUCUCUCCAGGCCCGGCUUGUUGGGAUCAAACAUGGGGAACUACCCCUGGCUCGCCGACUCCUGGCCCACUCCGAACCUCGCUCACAGCAAAGACUCUGUCAACUGCUGCGCUGGCAAACUGGACUCUGACAGAUAUUACAACUCAGUUGGCAUCAUGAACUACCCGAGCCAGACGGAGAAGCGCAGCACGGCGUCCAACGACAGCCCCAUCUACAGCACCAUCAACACCACCGCCGAGGACGACCUGCUGGCGUACUACGACACCUACUCCAGUGCGUCCUACACCCAGGGCCCGGACCCGUACAGCAGCAACCCCGUACUGGCAAACGGUGGCCUGGUGGGGCUGGAGCAGGACCUGGACCAGUGGACCAUCCAGUCCGGACAGUCCGGGUCUGAGUACGCCAAGCUCCAGUACACCAAGAAGAGCAACGACAAACUGGUGAAGCAGAGGUCCACCGGGUCUUCGUCCAAGUCUGCUCCUCUCACCUGGGUGGAUGUUCUGUCGCUGCCUCUGCCUGCCAACAAAGACAGACGGGAUAAGAAGACAGACAGAGACGAGGAGAAGCACAGCCCUGAGGAGGACGAUGACGACUGGUGUCCUCCAUUGCCUGCCAGAACCUACCUGAUGGACGCCUCCCGGGAGGAGCUCUCCAGUCUGCCCUCCAAACCGAACGAGCUGUCAUACGCAGCAACGCUGACAUCUUCCCCCCAGCAAGACACUCACAAGCCCAGCGAGAGUCCGCGGCUGCAGCACAUUGACCUCUUGACUCGUCACCAGUCAGGCUCCCAGGUAUCUCAGUCCAACCCAGAUCUGUUUACCAACAACACCAAGGCCCGGGAAGCCGGUGAGGCGUACCACACCCGCCAGUGGGCAGAAGAUUUCAAGGGAGAAAGCCUCGGCAAAGGACAAUCUCCGGCUUCUGCUGCCGAGUCGAGCCCCACGGCCCCGGCGCACAGAUCCAGGGGUAAGAAGAGAACGCCCAAGGAUGGACCACCUAGACGAGAGCUACACAGCCAAGCAGAGCUCCCCCCUCCACCGGCCCCUCCCACCACAGAUGACUCCCUGCAGCUGUUGGCUGAUGUUUUGAGCCGCAGCCGAACAGACAGUGAAAGAAAAGAGGCGAGCGACUCGCCCACACUUCCGAGGAGGGGAGAGCAUUUCUCACCACAAAGGAGAGGACCUACAAAGUGGCCGUCGCAGGAUGAGAAUAUAAUCCCAUAUGGAACAUCCAGCUUCGCGCCCAAGGUGCAGACGUCAGGCUACGGGUCUCUGGGCGGAGGAGUCUUUCCUCGACACUCCACCACCGGCCGGAGGAGAGAUGAGAGCCUCAUGUAAGCAGAAGCCAGUCACAUUUCCUCCAUGAAUUUCCUGUCUUUGCGAACCAUCAAUCCGUUGCCAUGGUGAAAAACUGAAGACUAAAGGGAGAGCAUCAAGGCUAGCUAUCUGCCUUUUUUCACAGCUAGUAUUAUCUUACCUUAAUGACUUUAAUCUUUAUUUUUUGUGAUUUGCUUCACCCUCUCUCCGUGUACAUAGACAGCUUUGCAAUUUUUUUAAAAAAAGAUGUCGAUCAGAUAUAUUGCUAGAAAAAAAAAAUGGAUCCGGGGUUUUAAAAAAAAAAAAAAGAUACAGUAUUUUUUUCGGCAGUGGGAAGUAAAUGUAAGUACAGAAUUAUUGUUCAGCAGAUAAAUGAAUGUAUCGUCUGCUCACUCCUGACCAUGAAACCAUGAUGAUGUGUGCGUUUCACGAAAGACUGGAGAAGACAAGAAGCAGAAAACAUGUUAAUAAACCAUCAUACAGUAUGUGUGGGCAUGUGAGCUUGUGUGUGUGUGUGUGUGAGAGAGAGAUAGUGCAUGUGUGUAGUGUUUGUGUGUGUGUUACUGUUUUGAUCUCUCAUCCCUGUUGAGUGACUGUGUACUUGUGGUAUCCCUGUAGAUCACCAGUGUGUUAGUAAGAUUUUUAAACUGACCAAUAAAACAUUUAUUACAAAAAAGA